GCCCCGCCGCUUGCCGGUGCUGUCGGCCCGUAAGAUGGCGGGCAGCGCUCUGCUGAGGACCGUGGCCUCGCUGCGGGGCUGGGGCCUCGGCGCGCUGCUGCCUCGCAGCCCCGCGCCCUCGGGGCGGCCGGAGCCCCCGCAGCCCCGUCGCGCCAUGGCCACGCUGAACCAGAUGCACCGGCAGGGCCGCCCCAAGCCGCCGCCUCCCAAACUGGGCGCCACCUUCGGCCGCCCCCAGCUCAAGGGCGUCGUCAUCAAGAACCUCAUCCGGAAGCCCAAGAAGCCCAACUCGGCCAACAGAAAGUGCGUCCGGGUGCGCCUGAGCAACGGCAAGGAGGUCAUCUGCUUCGUCCCCGGCGAGGGCCACAACCUGCAGGAGCACCACAUCGUGCUGGUGCAGGGCGGCCGCACGCAGGACCUGCCCGGCGUGAAGCUCACCGUCGUGCGGGGCAAAUACGACUGCGCCCACGUCCAGAAGAAGAAGUAGCGGAGGGAGCGGGAGCUCCGCGCCGCGGGACGGGGGCGGGAGGGACGCGUGCCGCGUGCGGGGACGGUCCCCGAGGACUUUUCGCUCUUUGCUUUGCCGCUGUCAUUAAAGCUGGUCGGUGCGCCA